AUGACCGGCAAAACACAGACCAGCAACGUCACCAAUAAGAACGACCCGAAGUCCAUCAACUCUCGCGUCUUCAUCGGCAACCUGAACACAGCCAUCGUCAAGAAAGUUGACAUCGAAGCAAUCUUCUCGAAGUAUGGGAAGAUAGUGGGCUGCUCCGUUCACAAAGGUUAUGCGUUCGUACAGUACAUGAGUGAGCGUCACGCACGAGCGGCAGUGGCUGGGGAGAACGCCAGGAUCAUUGCAGGCCAACCGCUUGAUAUCAAUAUGGCAGGAGAACCAAAACCAUACAGACCAAAACCUGGAAAUAAGAGGCCCAUUUCUGCACUUUACAGACUUGAGUCAAAGGAGCCUUUCCUGUCAGUUGGCGGCUAUGUGUUUGACUAUGAUUACUACAGAGAUGAUUUCUACAGUCGGUUGUUUGAUUACCACGGCCGUGUGCCUCCGCCGCCCCGCGCGGUCAUCCCGCUGAAGCGGCCCCGAGCGGCAGUGACGACCACCCGCCGGGGAAAAGGAGUUUUCUCCAUGAAAGGAGGAUCGAGGUCUGCUGUCAGCGGGUCUUCUUCAUCCGGCUCGAAAUUGAAAUCAGAUGAGUUACAGACAAUCAAGAAAGAAUUAACCCAGAUCAAAACUAAAAUUGACUCCUUGCUAGGCCGCCUGGAGAAGAUUGAGAAGCAGCAGAAGGCGGAGGCUGAGGCUCAGAAGAAGCAGCUGGAAGCGAGCCUAGAGCUGACCCAGGACGAGUGCGUGUCCGAGAACGCAGAGCAGUCGUUGGAGGAGCCCGCAGAGGGGGCGCCGGACGCCGACGGGGAGGAGCUGACCGACGGCGUGGAGGAGGACUUCGACGAGGACGGCGCGCACGAGCUGGCGAACGUGGGCAGUGCUCAGCACGUAAUCAGUGCUCGAUGUAUCUCUGCUAAUUUAAAAUUUGAGGGGGAAAUGAACGAACAAGAACACGAUAGGUCAGAAUUGGGCAUAUUUGCAAUCUCAGAUGAAAAGUUCUGUUGUCAAGUGCUUCAUCACAGCAGGAAUCCUGCGUCUGUGCCAUUACGCCUGAGCCGUAGAGGGGUAUGA